AUGCAGUGGUCAGAAGCUCAUCGUAGAUACAAUCCAUUGAGAAAAUCGUGGGUUUUGUGCUCGCCUCACCGUACUCAAAGACCUUGGCAAGGUCAACAAGAGAAACCCCAGGUUGAAAAGCGUCCUGAGUAUGACGAGAAGUGCUAUCUUUGUCCUGGAAAUACCCGUGCUCAAGGCCAAGCCAAUCCUAAAUAUGAAGAGACUUUUGUGUUUGUAAAUGAUUUUUCUGCUGUCAAGCCAAGAGAUACUCUUCCCCAAGCAGAUGGCUCUAGUGCUGAGGAGAGUGAAGAAGACGAACUAUUCAGAGCAGAGCAGGCUACUGGUAAAUGUGUAGUCAUCUGUUUCAAUCCUCGUCAUGAUAUCACUUUGGCUCAAAUGACAUAUCCUCAAGUAAGCGGGGUUAUUAAUGCUUGGAAGAAGGUUUACACUGAUGCAGUCAACAAUCCUGAAGUCAGAUAUUGUCAGAUCUUUGAAAACAAGGGUGCUGCUAUGGGAUGUUCUAACCCGCAUCCUCACGGUCAAGCCUGGACAACCAAUAUUAUUCCUGAAGAACCUGAUAUUGAACAUGCUUGUCUUGCUGAAUAUGCACACAACCACAAUGGCAAGGGAUUGCUUGAAGACUAUGUUGCUAAGGAGCUAGCUAUUCUCGCCAAGGCCGAGUCUUCUGGAAAUCACGCCCAAAACAGGUUUGUUGAUGUUAAUGACUCUUUCAUUGCAGUUAUUCCAUUCUGGGCUACUUGGCCAUUUGAAGUUCUGGUCGUUAGUCGCCGAAAAAUUGGCAACAUUACUCAAUUGACAGAAAAAGAACAAACUGAUUUUGCUCACAUUCUGCGAAACGUCGCUUUGCGUUAUGAUAAUUUAUUCCAAACUUCAUUCCCAUACUCAAUGGGUAUCCACCAGUCAUUUGCUGAGCCCAAUAUCGACCCCAAGUCGGAACCUGAGCAUUUGCAUGUCCAUUUCUACCCUCCUCUUCUUCGUAGUGCCACUGUUCGUAAGUUUUUGGUUGGUUUUGAAAUGCUUGGUAUGCCUCAAAGAGAUGUUACUCCUGAAUCUGCUGCCGCUCAACUUCGAGCUGUCGAUGGUAACGCUACUGUGUUUGUGUAA